UGAGUUUAAGAUUAGUGUAGACGCAAAAGAUGACACGACACGAUUUUGAAUUUUCCAUAAAUGACGCCAUUUCACAAAAUCGCACUACCAUUAAAGACAUCGAGGAUGUCGAGAGUUGGUUAACCACUCAAACUUAUCCCAAGCUAACCAAAGAGCAAAUUGUCGCGUUUUUACUCUCGUGCCGUAAUGAUAAAAGUUGGGCAAAGAACACCAUUGCGGCCAAUUUUGCGCUUAAAUCCAACCGACCGGAUCUAUUUACCGAUCGCACCCUUAGAAAUGUAUCGAUACAGAAGAUUCUCAACGUAGUGCAUAUUGGCGUGAUGCCUGUAAGGCUAAACGGAUCCGUAAUUGUUGUUAGUCAGAUGGUGGACACAGAUUAUCACAAUUUUGAUUUAAUAGCUUAUACAAAAUUCAUUCUAAUGGGUAUGGAGACCGCAACAUUAAAAGCUGACCCACCUGAUGGACUUAUAGCAAUACUAGACAGUAAAGGUUAUGGACUAAUGCACUUAACUUGUGUUAAACUGGACUUGGUGAAAUGGCUUUUGCAAUAUAUCCAAGAAGGAAUGCCGAUAAAGGUAACGGCCGUCCAUAUUAUUAACACUAAUACUGCGUCAGAAAUGGCACUGAACUUGGCGAAGCCUUUCAUUAAGAAUGAAAUUAAAAAAACUAUAUGUUUUUACAGCUCCACGUCCACUCUACAUCGCAUAUGGAAUUGUUCUAUCAAAACCAUAUACCGAAACGCUAUCUUCCCAGCGAUAUAGGGGGUGAACUUGAACCGCUCAAAACCUAUAGAGAGAUUUCAUUACGAAAUAUGGACAAGAUGGAGGAGUACUUUAAAUUUGAAGAACAACAAAGAGCCGCAGCUGCGAAAUAGCUCAAAAACGAUUGUUUGUAUUACCAACGUAAUAGAAUCAAAUCUUUCAACAAA